CAAAGAGUAGAAGUGGCCAACAACAGAAGAAACAGAGAGACGAAAGAGCUAGGAACUAUACAUCAAGAAAGUAAAGGUAUCAAAGAGGAAUGUCACACUCUAUUGAGAUCACUCCAAUAGUUGACCAAAUUCCACUUCUUCACCAAAUCAAAAAAGAUGAGAUAGAAGAAGAAAGAAAUGUGGAUCACUUGAAGGAAACAAAUGAUCAACAUACCAAUAAAUCUGCAAAUCAAAUCAUUGAUGAAAAACUGAAGGAUCUGGACAAAGGUGCAUCUAUAAAAUUCACUUCCAUAUUUAAAGUAAAUGUAGGGCUACGAAAAUCAAAUCCAGAUGCAUAUGCACCAAUGUUGAUCUCCAUUGGUCCUUACCAUAAAAAGAAUCCACAACUUGGUUCAAUGGAAAAGUACAAAUUGAUGUACCUACAACGAUUUCUCCAGCGUAAAGAGGGGCUUGAUGUGAAAAGCUGCAUUACUGAAAUUGAGAAAUUGAAACCUAAAGCUCUAAAGUGUUAUGAUGAUAUUGAGAGCUUGGACAAUGAUAUCGUUGAUAAAUUUUCAGAAAUACUUUUACUAGAUGGAUGUUUCGUGGUAGAGUUUAUUCGAGAGUGUAAUGGAAUGUUACCUAAUAGAGAAGACAAAAUUAUAAGCACAAAUUGUAUGAUAAUCCUUGCAGGUCGAGACUUGUUGUUACUAGAAAACCAACUUCCUUACUUUGUGCUCACCAAGCUUCAGUGCAUGACAAAGGAAGUUGAUGAAGUACCAUUCACAAAACUAAUGAAGGAUACCUUUUUUUCUAUAUUACCUAAGAUGGCCCCUGCAUCCUAUGUUGAAUGGGAAAGUGAUGCCAAAAACAUCCAACAUUUGCUUCAAGUAGUACACAUGUUGUCUCACCCUUCCUACUGGGAUUCUUUCCUGAGGAUUACGGCUUGUAGUUCGAAGAUAAUAUCAAAUAAAAACUACCAAACAUGGCAUGCCAACAUUCCAAAUGUAACAGAGCUUUGCGAAGCAGGAGUUAGAUUUUCAAAAGUUGGAAAUAUUUAUAGUGACCUUGAAGAUAGGACAACUUUAUUUGAUAUCAAAUUUGAGAAUGGGCAGAUGAAAAUUCCUUGUUUUGAAGUGGAUGAUGUAACGGAGACCCUCCUGAGAAAUCUCGUAGCCUACGAGCAACAUUCAUGUGAUGUACGUCCUAAACAUUUCAGUGAUUAUGCAGUGUUCAUGGAUUACCUCAUAGACUCAGACAAAGAUGUGAAUGUGCUUCGUCAAAAAGGAAUCAUAACCAAUCAACUAGGAGAGGACAAUGAAGUAGCUAGCAUCUUUAAUAAAAUUGGGCAAGGGGUCAACAUCUCAAGUGAUUUCUAUUACAAAGAAGAAUGCAGAAAAGUAAUUCAACAUUGUGAAAAACCAUGGAACAGAAUGAAGGCAAAUUUGAGGCACAAUUACUUCAACACUCCAUGGGCAGGAAUUUCAACUGUGGCAGCCAUCAUUCUCCUCUUACUCACAGCUAUACAGACUGUUCUAACUUUCAUAAGCUUUUUUAAGUAGUUGCUUUAAUUAUGUGUCAUUGUUGAUUUGUUUUGUUAAUCCUCCACUACUCGAUAUAAUAUAAUUUUGUGUUUUUAUUGGAUUAAUAUUGUAUCCAAGUUAUAUUGAUGGAUUAUACACAGAGAGUCCAGGGGGCAUAGAAUGUGCUCCAUCUUUAAUUAAAUGGGAUAAUACAUAUCCCCCCCCCCC